ACUCUGCCGAAGUCAGCAGUCAUCUGUACUGUCCGCAGUCUCUGGUCAUCCCUGUGCUGUCCGCAGUCUCUGGUCAUCCCUGUGCUGUCCGCAGUCUCUGGUCACCCCUGUGCUGUCCGCAGUCUCUGGUCAUCCCUGUGCUGUCCGCAGUCUCUGGUCAUCCCUGUGCUGUCCGCAGUCUCUGGUCAUCCCUGUGCUGUCCGCAGUCUCUGGUCAUCUCCUGUACUGUGUCUGCAG